CUUUAUAUAAAGAGGACAGCUUGAAGUGCAUAUCAUCAGUAACAAGGACAUCCUUUUCAUGCAGACUGAAGUCAGAUUCAUUGCUGUUGCCAAGAAAACAACAUCACUGAUCUUCGUCAGCUAAUUCCUGAUCAGGUGGAGAAAAUUGGCAUAGAGGAUAGUAUCCAUCUUCCAAUCUACAACACUAUGGAAAAUCAACAUGACACCAAAGAAAGCAAGGUCUUUUAUGAUCCCAUCCAUGGGCUUUUAGAGUUACACCCACUUCUUGUCAAAAUCAUUGACACACCUCAGUUUCAGAGACUACGAAACAUCAAGCAACUUGGAGGGGCCUAUUUUGUUUUCCCUGGAGCAUCUCACAAUCGCUUUGAGCAUUCACUUGGAGUGGCGUACCUAGCAGGCCAGUUUGCAGAAGCUCUAAGUACAAAGCAGCCAGAACUCAAUAUCACGCCUAAAGACAUCCUGUGUGUGCAGAUUGCAGGACUUUGCCAUGAUCUGGGACAAGGACCCUUUUCCAUUGUCUUUGAGGAAAUGUUCAUCCCGGAAAGAAGGGCAGAUCUGUCGGACUGUAGAAGGAAGCGCCAGGAGAUUUCUGUGAAGAUGUUUGAUCACUUAUUGAGUACCAAUAAUCUCCAUUCAUCAAUGAAGAAUUAUGGUCUGAAUGUGGAUGGUCAAAAUGAAAGUGACCUGGUGUUCAUCAAGGAAAUGAUCCGAGGACAUCUGAACACUGAUGAAACUCAAGACCAGUUCAUGGGUCGAACAAAGGACAAGUACUUCCUCUAUGAAAUUGUGGAAAAUGAGAAAAAUGGCAUUGAUGUGGACAAGUUUGACUACAUUGCCAGAGAUAGCUACUAUCUGGGUAUUCAGAGUAGCUUUGACCAUCGCCGCUGCCUCGUGUUUGCCCGGGUGUGUAGGGUGGACGGGAUAAACCACAUCUGCUUUAGAGACAAGGAGGUGAGCAAUCUGUAUAGCAUGUUCCAAAUAAGGAGCUUACUCCACAGAACAGCCUACCAGCACAAAACGACCAGGAUCAUAGAGGUUAUGAUCAAAGAUGCCCUCUUACAAGCAGGUGAAUGCAUCCGGAUUGAAGGCUCAGAAGGAAAAAUAUUCAGUUUAUCCACAGCUAUAGGAGACAUGGAAGCCUACACCAAGCUCACAGAUUGUGUAUUUGAAAAAAUACUCCACUCCUCCGAGAGGCCUGAUGAAAUGAUUCGGAUGCUAGAACAAGAGUUGAAAACAGAUCCUUCCAUCCUGUUCAAGGACUCAAGUCCCUCACCCACCAAAGAAAACAUGGAGACCUACAAAAAGAUGAAAAAGAAUAUUAUUGAAGAAGCCAUCAACUCAUCCUCCAAAGAGAUGGGUGAGGCCAAGACGCUUCUAUUAAAGAUCGUCUCUCGACAAAUCUACAAGUGUUUGGGAAAAAUGAAAAAUCCCACCAUGCCAGAGAUUGAUACUUGGAAACAGGAAUUGGCCCGAGCAUGCCCACCUGGGGACAAUCAAAAGGUCACAGUUACAGCCAACGACUUUGAAAUUGUGCACUUUACCAUGGAUUAUGGGAUAACAGAAAAUGAACUCAUUGAAAAUGUAUUUUUCUACAAAAAGAAUCAACCUGACAAACCAUUCAACCUCCGUGAAGAUGAGGUUUCUAUGCUUCUCCCAAAGUGCUCCUCUGAGCAGUUCAUAAGGGUGUACUAUAAGAACAUCAAUGAAGAAGUCGUUGAGACUGCCCAGAAGCACUUUGAUAAGUGGCUCUCAGACAAAAUGGAAAUGCAGCAGUAAUGAAAAAUAAAGCUGAAGAUGACCUAAAAUGAAAAACAUGAAACAUUCAGUGACUCAUUGAGAUUGAGGACUCUAAAAUAAUGAAUACAUACUUUUAGUCUGAUCUUUUUUUCUUUUAUAUUAGACUUCUGAAAUUUGUAGCUUUAUAUGUUUUUUUCAAGUGAUUAAGUUAUAACAUAAGAAAAGUAUGCAAAUAUUUAAGAAGACUCAAUUUACUUAAAGUACCAUAUGUUAUAUAUCAGAUAAUGGUUAUAUUCAUGUCUUAUAUGCUAUAGUGGAGGUUUGAAAAGAGGUAAUUACAUUGAAGGUUAAAGGACAGAUGAUCAUGGCUGUACAUGCUGUAAAACCCAAAUGAUAUUUGUUAUUUUAUUAUUUUAAUUUAAUUUGCUGGUUGGAUGUCUGAUUUGGAGAGUGUCAUCCUAACGAAAAGAUGAGCGGCAGAGUUGAAGGUGAUUUUCACUGGGAGCGACCAGGAUGAGUACAUCAGAGAGACAGCUCAGCGGUUUGAAGACAAAGUUAGAGAAGCAAGCCUGAGAUGCUCUGGACAUGUGCAGAGGAGGGAAAAUUGAUAUACUGGACAAAGAAUGCCGAAUAUAAGGCUGUCAGGUGUGGAGGAAAAGAGAAAUAUAACAGAGAAGAUUCAUGGAUAUAGUGAAGGACAUGAAAGACAGUUGUUUGACACAGGAGGCAGCCAGGGAUGGGAAAGAUGCAGGCACAUGAUCCACUGUGGUGACCACCCUAAGUAAGCAAUGGAAAGAAGAUGACUCUUUGAUGAGAACUGACCUCAACAUCAUAAGUUCAUUUUAAGGUCUACUUCUUAAAUGUGUGGAUUUUCUGCUGUGCAGUCUGCAUUUUAUCUAAUAGUUUGAGAUCUUAACUCUUUGUUUUGAUGACUGGGAAACUUUAACAGGUGUAAAAGCAGUCUACUUAUCCCUUGUGUGUCCCAUCAGCUGGAAUUCACAUUUAUUUAGAGAAGGAUGACCCACAUUGUGAGACUUCAAUUAAUCUUUAGGGAAUGAAAAAUAAUAAUACAAAUAAAAAUAAUUUUAAAAAACCCAUGGGAGGUUUAAUUAAUUUAUUUUCAUUUGUUUUUCACCCGCUGUACAUGUAGUGGAAAAUGAUUCUUUGCAAAAACUGAAAAAAACAAAUGCUUUCUAAAUUAGGGUCACAUUGUAAUGCUUUUUAAAUCUUGCUUGUGUCAAUAACUACUAGACUGCAGUACUCUAAACAUUUAUUUGUGUAAUUGAAAGUACCACAUGGGUUGACACGUUGACAUGUAGCAGAAAUACAGCUGAUCUGUAAACCUGGACCUGCAUUUUAGCUGAGUCAUAUGUUGCAGUAACAGUUGAGGUCUUCCUUGAAUGAAAGGUAAAUGUAGGGUGGUAUGCACACACGAAUGAACUGAUCUGCUGUACAAAAAAUGCUAAAUAUCCUGCUACAUAUCAUUUUGGGUUAGGGUUAGGUUUAUUAGAGCUUAUUAGAGUUUAUUAGAGCUAUUUUUAUUUUUAUUAGUCUUUGUACCAGAUCUCUUGAUUCUACAAAUGCUGUGUGAUCUGCUCUGUGAUCUUUGAGAGUGACAUCAUAAUGAAAUGGCUACAACCCUGCUUCUUAAAACAAUCUGACAUAAUGUGCUUUAAGUUAUGCAAAUUCUGGAAAAGAUAUUGUGGAAUGCUUAAAAUCACCUUUUUCAAGUCUCUUUUAAAACAGCAUUUUUAAAACUAAUACUCCAUUAAAAUAGUAAUACUGAAAAACUGUUGGAAGCUGUGAUUAUAUGCCUGUCCAUACCUGCUGUGAAAACAUCCAUUCUACACUGAUCAUAGUGCAAGUAAACGGGGGUAAAGAAAGUUUUCUUCCCUCACAAAUGUGCAGCUGAACAUCGUAUGAUGUAUCCCCUGGAUAAAAAGAUAAUUUGAUGAUUAAAAAAGGAAACACUGAAAUCUCAAUUUUGCUUCUUUAGGGUUUCACAUCUCCUUUCUUUUGCACCCCAUUCUUGAUGACCAUUGUGUACAAUUUUCUUUGUCCUAAACUGUGUAGGUAGUUCUUCAGAAUGUCAUCUGACCAAAGACAAACGAGGCCCCCUUUCUCUGAAACAACGAG